AUGUCCGUAUUCUCAUCGAUGCGUUAUUGUCUAGGAGACCCACAUGAUCAUGGUGCUCUUUGGGCCGCUCUUGGUUUCAUGCCUUUUGGGUUAUUCUUUGAUUUUAUGGAUGGCAAAAUCGCGAGAUGGAGGAAGAAGUCGUCCCUCAUGGGACAGGAGCUGGACUCUCUGGCGGACUUGAUCUCCUUCGGCCUCGCACCGGCCGCAUGCGCAUUCGCUCUUGGAGCCCGCACCCUCGUCGACCAUCUUCUGUUAGCGUUCUUCGUCCUUUGCGGCUUGACGCGGUUGGCCCGAUUCAACGUUACCGUCGCCGUCCUUCCCAAGGAUAAGACCGGCAAGUCCAAGUACUUUGAAGGCACACCGAUUCCGACGACAUUGGGCAUCGCUUCGCUCAUGGCCUACUGGGUAUCUCAGGGCUGGAUUCUCGAGGAUCUUCCUAUUGGACUCGCCGCCCAGGGCACGCCACUUGAGUUUCACCCCGUUGUUCUGCUGUUUGUCCUGCACGGCUGCAUGAUGGUCAGCAAGUCGAUAAAGAUUCCCAAGCCAUAG